AUGCCUUGUCCCAUUACUGGCCAUGGACUACCUUCAUCCUCGUUCCCCGAGGACGCCACCGUAAAUCCCCCAAUGGCAUACUAUGAUAAAGAGGCCCUCUAUACUUCUCUUCCCGAUCGUGUUUCCUAUCUCACAUCUUUCCUACAAUUCAGCGAGUCCGACGCGGACACGCUCAACGAGGCCGCAUUAAUUCUGGAGCCGCAUAUUCCUGAUCUUGUGGACCAUGUUUACGAGCAUCUAUUCAAGUUCAAUGUCACCAAAGAAGUCUUUUUACCACGUCCAGGCGGGCAUGAGGGCCCGAUGGUCGCGGAUAUCAGUCAUUUGACUCUCGAGGCGGAACAGAUUAAGGAGCGGAAGCGAUUUUUCAGUAUAUAUGUCAAGCGGCUUAUCACAAGUGACUAUAAUGAUUUCAAGACUUGGGAAUACUACGACAAAGUUGGCAAAAUGCAUACGGGAGAUGCUGGCUUAAAACACCGCAAGCUCGUGGGUAAAGAUGGCCUUCGCGUCGAUCACAUUCAUCUAAGCGGACUUCUGGGAUGGACCAUGGACCGGCUUAUCGUGAUUAUUUUGAGAGACGAAAGCAUCCCCCUUUCCAAACGAGAGACGAUUAUCCGUUCGCUGCACAAAGUCAUGUGGAUACAGCAAGACCUCUUUUCACGUCAUUAUGUUCGCGACGGGGAAGAAUACCAGAAGGCUCCUCGAGCAAUGGCCGGGUCACGCAUUCGUCAAAGACCAGUAACAAGUGGCACCUCGUCGCCGGAAGCUAGCGUAGCCUACCCGGCCGGGGCUGGUGGGGAUAGUGGCUCCGAUCGUCGAACAGGUGCUAUUUCACCUACUCAAUCUAGCGCAGCGAGUGUUCUCACUAGUGCUACUGGCGCGGAUAGUGUAGCAUGGAGUCCACAGACAGGAGGAAACACGCUUAGCGAGACAUGGGGCCGAGGUCCGAUCAGCAACAAGUCUAUCGGUCAAAAACCGUCAACAGAUUGGUCGAAAGGACGCGCGAGAGACCGAUCCAUGUCCAACCUGGAGGAAAUCCACUCCCAAGUGUCAAAUAGUCGGCCCGGUCUUUGGCGGCGGAUAUUUGGUUGA